GGGAAAAAAAGAAGAAGAAGAAGAAGAAGAAAAAAAGAACAGAGGAUUAAUAUUCAAGGAAAAGAGAAAGAGAUCAAUGUCCGCUUUGAUCAUCUAUCCAAUGCUGGUUCCAUGAAAUUAAUACUAAUUAAUGAUCAAAGUUAAUUUGGAAAUGUAAUUUUUGUCGAGUUCCGGGCCUACGUAAAGAAGGAUAUGGCUUUCUUGUGUCCGGUUCGUAUACGCCGUGGGAAGAAAAAAAAACCUGGAAUUCAUAACUUCAAUUUGGAAAAGGACUGUGUUGGUACAGGAGGUACAGGACUUGGUACAGAAACCAGGGCGCCAUUACCACCUGGUCGUAUAACUGGUAGUGCAAGUAUAGAAACUUUAGUGAGAGUUGGCAUAGAAAAGGAAAAUGGACUUUCUCCGGAUAGUAAAAUGGUUAUCGUUCAUGAUUUUACACCAUGUGUCGAUGACGAGUUGCAGGUCAAAAGAGGCCAGGUUGUAAAUGUAUUAUAUAGAGAAAAUGACUGGGUAUAUGUAAUAGCAGCAGAUACACGUAUGGAAGGAUUCGUGCCACAUUCUUAUUGCGCACCUUAUACAUCGCAGUUAGCUGAAUUGACUCUUGCUACUCUUAUGAAUAAUGUUAAAAAGAAGUUGCCUAGAUCCAAUGAAGGUGAUGGUGAUAUCUCCAGUACGGGUCGUUCUCAAGCAUUGGAUGCACAACAAACUGAUACAGGGUCAGCAUCGGAUUGUGAAAGCUAUACUCGCAAUGUUGUAACUGCAGAUAUUAAUGUUAAUCGAUCUAACAUUACUCAAUCGCAAAAUUCUAUACAAACAAUAUCGUCUCAACCAGAUGUGCAUCCCUUUUUCAAGGAUCCCUCAGCUGGAAGGUAUAUUGUGUUAUAUACGUUUGUCGCACGAGAUGAAAAUGAUGUAAGUGUUGAAAGAGGAGAAUUUGUAACGGUGCUAAAUAGAGAUGACCCUGAUUGGUUUUGGGUGCUUCGACAUUGCGACGGUAAUGAAGGAUUUGUACCAUCUGGAUUCGUUUAUCCAGGACAUGUACUUCAUUCGUAUGCAACAACAGGUAAUCCUGCUGCGCAAACAACUUCAGCAGAACCACAUACAUUAGAGACUGGCAAUGGAAAUAUAACAGGAAGUGAACAAUUGCAACAGAAAAGUUUACGAGACUUCAGAGAAGAAACUCCUGGCACCGAAUUAGUAGUACUCUACGAUUAUAAGGCGCAGGCGCCAGAUGAUCUAUCAGUGAGAAGAGCCGACUGGAUAUAUGCGGAUUUGGGAAAUCAAACGGUUGAUGGUUGGCUUUGGGCAUAUGCACCCAAAACUCGGAAAUAUGGUUUUAUUCCUAAGGCGUAUGCCCGUCCUCCUGCUAUGACCAGCUUGUGAUACGUAUAGCAAUUUUAU